AUGCUGGACAGCGCCGCGUCUUCUGUCCUCGAUCUCGACAUGACCGAGGGUAUUCUCCUCCAAGAAGCUGAAACCGAUGCUGAUGCUGCGGAGGGGGAAGAAGUUAACGUCAUGGGGAGCCUGAACACGACUGCAGGGCAUGAAGACUCCAAGCAGUCGCUUAGGGACCAGCUUAGGAAGACCUUGAAUCGUAAGCAGUCGAUGCAAGACCUCCCUUCUCCCCGAACCAAGGUGAAGCCUGUGAUGGAUGAUAUACCUUAUGAACCUACGCAAAGCUUCGGCGAGAGGGAAUACUUCGUCCUAACAGACGCAGGAAAGCCUGUUUUUGUGAGUCGCUCAGGGGGAGAGGACUCUCUGGCCUCUAUUAUUGGCAUCAUGCAAGCACUUGUAUCUGUUUUCAUCGACGACGGCGAUAAGCUGCGCUGUAUAAAUACCAAGACAUCACGAAUCACCUUCCUCAUCCGUUCACCAUUGUAUUAUGUUUGCUAUUCCAAUUGGGGCGAACCCGAAUCAGUCACGCGCUCUCAUCUGGAAUACCUUCACCUGCAAAUCAUCAGCAUAGUCACCGCGUCACAUCUACGCAAACUCUUCGAAAGAAGGGGUAAUUUCGAUUUACGGCGUCUAUUAGAUGGUGCUGAAUCCUUCUUGACUUCUAUUCUCGAACGACUGCAAGGCGAUAUCGCGAUGAAUACUUCAUCACUUUUCUGCUUAAAGCUGGAUCCUGCGUUGAGGAAGCGGGCAGCAGACUGUCUGAUACCCACCAACAAGAUGAAGGAUGUCCUCUAUGUAUUUCUAGUUGCGAACGGUCGCGUUGUCACACUAAUACGACCGAGGAAACAUUCAAUACACCCAGCCGACAUACACAUAUUACUCAAUACCAUAUACAAUCCAUCUAUUCUACACUCCCCUGCCUCUACGUCGUGUAUCCCUAUCUGUCUACCCAAGUUCAAUCCUUCAGGCUUCAUGAACGCUUAUAUCUCCUUCCUCCGGAAGCCUGAAGGUGACCCGACGCUGGCGCUUGUCUGCCUCAACGGGGUCGGCGAGUUCGAUACGAUCAAGGGAUGGUGUGAAUCAGUUUCGCAGAAACUGGACAACGAGGGGAUAUCGGACGCUAUCAUAUCAGACCUCCAGAGUAGGAAGACGGAGUACUCUGUGGCGGAGCUUGGUAUUCCCGGGCUUCGACAUUUUGUGUACAAGUCUAGAGGUCAAGUCCAGGUCACAAUUCCUUCAUUUGAUGACCCAUACGAUAGCCCAACCGAGAAGAGAAGGUUACUCACGCUAUAUCAAACACUGCACGACGCCAUUCAUGCGAAGUCUGGCCAGGGUGGUAUGCUGAAGUUGCAAUAUAUCAAGACUGAGAAAGAAAGCGUUCUCGGCUGGAUCACGCAACCGUUUGAGCUCUACAUCACCUUAUCUCCGAUGUUACCGAAGAGUGCUGCUGUUGGGGCAGCGAACUCCGUCGUGCGGUGGGUAAAGAAAGAGGAGGGUCGACUGUUUCUGAGAGAUGCACCGGUAUUUUGA